CAUCUUCCUUCAGAAUUGUUCUGAUUCUUCUCUGUUCCCUAUUUCUAAUGGUAUGAGUUGUCCCUCCCAGUUCCCAGGCUAGAGAGCUUGGAGGUCAUUUUUUAGUCUGCCAAUAAAUAAAUAAAACCUUUAUCAUGUCUGACCCUGAUAAUGACAGCCAACCUCUAACUGCUGCCUCUCCCUCUAACCUCUGCUUAAUAUUUUGUAAAAUUUUCACUACACUGUAUCUUAUUCGGCUUCUUUUUGUGCAGGACCCUUGAAUAUCUGUGAAGAAAUGACUGUUCUGCAUGGGGGCUUCUUGCUGGCCGAGCAGCUGUUCCACCCCAAAGCCUUGGCAGAAUUGACGAAGUCUGACUGGGAACAUGUUGGGCAGCCCAUUGUGGAGGCCUUGAGGGAGAUCUCCUCGGCCACAGCACAUUCUCAGCCCUUUGCCUGGAAGAAGAAAGCUCUGAUCAUCAUCUGGGCCAAGGUUCUUCAGCCCUACCCUGCUACCCCUUCUGACACAGAAACUCGAUGGCAGGAAGAUGUAUUCUUCUCAGUGGGCAACAUGAUCCCUACCAUCAAUCACACAGUCCUUUUUGAGCUGCUCAAGUCCCUGGAAGCUUCUGGACUCUUUAUCCAGCUCCUAAUGGCCCUGCCAGCCACCAUCUGCCGUGCAGAACUAGAGCGUUUUUUGGAGCACAUGAUGAUUGACACUUCUUCCGAAGAUGUGGCCUUCUUCCUCGAUGUCUGGUGGGAAAUGAUGAAGCACAAAGACAAUCAGCAGGACUCCCUGCUCUCCCAGUUUAGGACAAUGGCCCAUAAGUACUUGCCCUCUUCAGAUGAGUUCUCCCAUCCUCCGAAGAGGUUUAAGUCAGACCCAGGUGUGUGCCCUACCAUGCCCCUGUUGGCCAUGCUGCUUAAUGGGCUGAAGCAAAUCCAAAACAGGAUCCUGUGCCUCAGAAUGAAGUGCUUAGCAUUAGCCAACUUGGCUGACAUGCUGACUGUGUUUGCACUGAUGGUGGAUGACCCCCAGGAAGUGUCGGCAACUGUGUAUUUGGACAAACUGGCCACAGUGAUCUCUGUGUGGAAUUCAGACACCCAGAACCCAUACCACCAACAGGCGCUGGCAGAGAAGGUAAAGGAGGCAGAAAGGGAUGUCAGCCUGACCUCACUGGCCAAACUCCCGAAUGAGACCAUCUUUGUCGGGUUUGAGUUCAUGCACAGCCUGCUACAGGAAUGGGGGCAGGAGCUGCAGGCCAUGCUCAACAGCAGCCAGAGGACAAAUUAUGAUAGCUACCGGCUGUGUGACAGUCUGACUUCCUUCAGCCAGAACUUAAAGCUCUACCUGGAUACCACCAGCUUGUCCAAGGAGGAGAGACUUAGUGUUGGUAAAGAUAUAGAAAAACGCUUGGCUAAAGCUGUGGCUUCUGUGGCCCGCCUGGUAAUACUGCAUCCAGAAAUCACAGUGAAGAAAAUGUGCAGCAUGGCUGUGAUCAAUCUUGGCACCCACAAGUUCCUGGCUCAGAUCCUCACUGCCUUCCCUGCCCUUAGGUUCACGAAAGAGCAAGGUCCAAAUUUAUCUAGCACUUUUGUGGUAUCAUGCCUCAAAGAAACUGUCUGGACAAAGUUCUCUACACCAAAGGAAGAAAAGCAAUUUUUAGAGCUUCUGAACUGCCUGAUGAGUCCUGUGAAACCCCAAGGGAUUCCAGUUGCUGCCCUUCUUGAGCCAGAUGAGGUACUGAGGGAGUUUGUCCUGCCUUUCUUGAUGCUGGAUGUCAGAGAGGUAGACCUCAGUCUGAAGAUCUUUCUCCAGACUCUAGAAGCAAAUCUGUGCCUAGAGGAAUACUGGCUCCAGACCUGUUCCCCGUUCCCUCUCAUCUUCAGCUUAUGCCAGCUCCUGGAUGGCUUCAGCAAAUACUGGCAGCUUCCAAAGGAGAAGCGGUGCCUCUCUUUGGAUGGGAAAGAUCUGGUGAUCCAUAUCCUGGAGCUCCUCUGUGAGAUCAUAUUAGCCAGUGCCAAGACCUUCUCCCCAGACACGUGGAUCAAGUCCCUGUCCUGGCUCCACCGGAAGUUGGAGAAGUUAGACUGGACUGUGGGCCUGAGACUGAAGAGUUUCUUUGAGGGCCACUUCAAGUUUGAGGUGCCAACCACACUUUUUGAGAUCUGUAAGCUUUCUGAGGAUGAGUGGACCUCCCAGACCCACCCAGGGUAUGGGCCAGGCACAGGGCUUCUUGCCUGGAUGGAGUGCUGCUGCAUCUCUAGCAGCGUCUCGGAGCAGAUGCUCUCUCUCUUGGUGGUAGAUGUGGGCAAUCCCGAAGAGGUCAGAUUGUUCAGCAAGGGCUUUCUGGUGGCCCUGGUACAAGUCAUGCCUUGGUGCAGCCCCCAGGAAUGGCAUUACCUUCACCAGUUGACCAGGAGACUGUUGGAGAAACAGCUUCUCCAUGUCCCUUAUAGCCUGGAAUAUAUUCAGUUUGUUCCCCUGCUCAACCUAAAGCCCUUUGCCCAGGAUCUCCAACUCUCUGUACUUUUCCUGAGAGCUUUCCAGUUUCUCUGCAGCCAGAGCUGUCGUAAUUGGCUGCCUAUGGAAGGCUGGAGCCAUGUGGUCAGGCUCCUCUGUAGCAGUCUGACCAACGUCCUGGACUCAGCUAGAUUGUUACAGUCAGUUGGCCCUUGGGCCCAAGGACAAGAACAUGACCUGACCCAGGAGACCCUGUUUGUUUAUACCCAGGUGUUCUGUCAUGUUUUGCACAUCAUGGCCAUGCUGCCCCAAGAGGUCUGUGAGCCCCUCUAUGUUUUGGCUUUGGAAAUUCUCACCUGCUAUGAAACUCUGAGCAAGACCAACCCUUCUAUUAGCUCCUUGCUCCAGAAGGUAAAUGAGCAACACUUCUUAAAGUCCAUUGCUGAGAACAUUAGCCCAGAGGAGCGGCGCCAAACUCUGCUGCAGAAGAUCAGCAACUUCUGACCUUUGUAGGUCAGAAGAAAGCUGGGCCUCAACAUGGGGGGUCUGAGGGGUUAGAGCUGAGAAGCACAAACUUUACAGUUAUGUGAAAUUGUAAACAAGAUAACAAGUCUAUGGCAAUCACGGUGUAAAGAAAGUAGUUUCUUAGAUAUUUGUAACAUACGAACUAUAAUAAAAUUCUCUUUUGAGUCUCAUCUUGUCUCUGAAUCUUUCUCAGCAAUAGCCUAGCAUUGAAUAUGCUCUAAAAUUCGGUUUAG